AUGCUCGAAAUUACUUUUUCAAGAUCUGCAACAUUUAAAGCUGAUACUCUUGUUGUCGGAGCAACGUCUGGCAAAAUAUUAACACCUGUUGCCCGUGACAUGGAUGCCAAAACGCAAGGCGCUUUAACACGCGCUUUAGAAAACAGUCGUUUCAAAGGCGAUAUGGGACAAACCCUUUUAAUUAACUCACCAUUUGGAUUGGACUGCGCGCGUGUCUUGAUUUUAGGUUUGGGCAAAGUUGAAAAUCUGAAAAUUAAAGACCUUGAAAUGCUUGGCGCUAAGAUUACUUCCACACUUGAGGCAACCCCUGACAAAACUGUUGAAGUUAUUUUGGAUAACCUCUCUUCAGAUCAAAAUAGCUGCGCUUAUUCAACGGCACGUAUUGCUUCUGGAAGCCUUCUUCGUUCUUGGCGCUUCGACAAAUAUAAAACGAAAGAAAGCCAAGAUAAAAAACCUCAACUUUCCAAAAUUCACAUGAUCUGCCAAGAAGCAGAAGAAGCUGAACAAAAAUUUGGCUGUUUCAAAGCCAUCGCAGAGGGCGUUUUCUUAGCACGUGAAGUCAUUUCAGAACCACCCAACGUGAUGGAUCCAGAAGCAUUUGCUCAAAAAGCAAAAGAUUUGGAAAGCCUUGGAUUAGGAGUUGAAAUCCUUGAUGAAGCCGAAAUGAACAAGCUUGGUUUUGGGUCUCUUUUAUGUGUAGAUUUUGAGGACAACCAAAGAACACAGUGGAAUGACUGGCCGCGGCUCAAUAAACCUUCACUUUGUUCCGUAAGGGAAACUUAA